UCUCUCUCUCAUAGCUUCUCUACUACAACAGUCUCUCUAAUCAAAUUGAGACAUCGAGAGAGAGAUUUGACAAAAGAAACUUAUUAAAGUCUUCUUAGGUUUCUUUUUCUUGCUUUUUGUUCUGUUCUUGUUUCUUUUGGCAAAAUGCAGAACAAACACAAAUGCAAGCUCUGUUCCAAGAGUUUCUGUAAUGGCAGAGCACUUGGUGGUCACAUGAAGUCUCACUUGGUCUCAUCUCAGUCUUCAGCUCGGAAGAAACUAGGUGACUCGGUCUAUUCUUCUUCUUCCUCUUCCUCCGAUGGUAAAGCGCUCGCCUACGGGUUACGAGAGAACCCGAGGAAGAGUUUCCGGGUCUUUAAUCCGGAUCCUGAGUCAUCCACAAUUUACAACAGUGAGACAGAGACCGAACCUGAAUCCGGAGACCCGGUUAAGAAACGGGUCAGAGGAGAUGUUUCAAAGAAGAAGAAGAAGAAGGCAAAGAGUAAGAGAGUGUUUGAGAACUCGAAGAAGCAAAAGACAAUUCACGAGUCACCAGAACCAGCGAGUUCUGUCUCUGAUGGUUCUCCUGAACAAGAUUUAGCUAUGUGCUUGAUGAUGCUGUCAAGAGAUUCAAGGGAGCUCGAGAUUAAACUGAAAAAACCGGAGGAAGAGAGGAAGCCGGAAAAAAGACAUUUCCCUGAGCUCCGUCGCUGUAUGAUAGAUCUGAAUCUUCCUCCGCCGCAAGAAGCUGAAGCUGUCACCGUCGUUUCAGCCAUAUAAAGGUUUCAGAGUCUAGAGUAACAUCAAAAAAAAUCAAAGAAUCUUGAUGAUUUGGUUUGUCUUCAAGAUAAUUAUUCUUUAUUAGAGAAAACCGUUUAUUGGUUUUGGAAUCUUUGGGAUCAUAUUAUCAAAACAAUGUACUUUUGAUGUAAGACAACAACAACAAAAACCAAAGAAACCAAAGGAACUAGCUCUGUUUCUAGUUUUCUUAACAAUUUGAGCUUUCUUGAUUAUAAAUUGUUGGAUCUUUGUUAUGUCGUUUUGAUAUUUGGAAUUCUUGAGAUGAUUCUUUUGCAUGAUCUUUGGAUCUUGGAUCUUUGAUUUUAG